AUGCAUCCAUUUAAUAAUGAAAAGACACCUCUUGUUACUCCUACUACUCGUGCUCCAUUAUCAAAAGGACGUGGGGUUCGUGUUGGUUUAGAUGCUGCUGUAUUGGAUAAUCAGAAAAAAUGGAAACGUUUAACUGAUAUUAAUGAUGAUAAUAGUACUGCCAAAAAUAUGGCCAGUGAAGUACAAUCGGAAUUUCUAAAACAUCGGCAAUCUUUACUUCAGAAACAAAAAACCCGUCUUGGGUCGGGUAUACCCAUGUAUCCGGUCGAUACAACCCAUGAACCUCGUGACUUACAAAGGACCCAAAUUAAUUUUCACGACGACCCAAUUUUAGAAGCCAAAGACUAUGGUACAUGUCUUGAAAAAGAUCGAUAUGUAAUUGCUGCUGCGUUCCUAAAAGAUGGGGUUCAUGGCCGUAAAAUUGGGUACCGAUUGGAUCGAGAUGCUCUAUUUCUAAAUGAAUUGUUCCAUUCGGAUUCGUAUCGUCUCGUGUAUAUUCUCGUGGUUACACUCAUGUGUGCCAUGGCAUUUCUGGAAACUCCGGGUGAUGAGAAUCAUCCUUUUUUCAAGUAUUUGGGUGUGGAUUUAGUCUGUCUUUUUCUCUUUGGACUGGAUCUGGCCAUUCGGUGGUAUAUGAGCUCCAGUGAGACCCAAUGCAAGUACAUUUCCAGACAACCAUGGGCUGUGGUACGAAUGAUUCUGCUCUUUCUUACAAGUCUCGACUUGGUCGUGAAUCUCUUGUUUCCAAGGUUGAAUCCUUAUCGGUUUUCAAGAGCUUUACGACCUUUUUUCUUUAUUGCACGAGGAAGAAACAUUCGGAUCAUCUUUAGCAGCUUUUUACAUGCGUUACGAGAAGUGUUGAUUGUGCUUGGAUUGAGUUUCUGCUUUGUCGCUUUCUUUGGACUUGUGGGGUAUCUCAUUUUUUCGGAUACAAGUGAGGACCCAAGCGCCACGUUUUUCAAUUCGCUCUCAUCUUCCAUGUAUACAAUGCUGCUUAUUCUCAAUUGCAUGCCUUAUAUGGCUCGAAGCAUGUAUCCAUACUACAAGAUGACGCACUGGAGUGCAAUCUUCUUUGUGCUCUUUGUGCUGCUCACCAACUUGUUCCUGCUCAAGCUCACCAUUGCUGUCUCGUACAAGUCGUACAAGAAAAACACAGAAAACAUGCUCUACAAACGGCUUCAGAAGCGCAAAGCUGCGUUGUAUGCUGCCUUUGACAUCUUGGCUCAAAAUGUGAACUUUGACGACACGAAUUUACCAGGCCCCAGUGGAGUGACGGGCAGUCCGAAUAAUGCAGCAAGUGAUAUCAGUCUCGUGUCGAAUGCCUCUCUGCUGAACGCCGCUAACCGCCGUGGAUCCUCGCGCUUUUUCUUAGGCACAUUCGACAAGCGCGCAUCAUUUAACAUUGCUCAUCCGGAUCCAAAUGUUAGUCUUGUGACCCCAGCCAACAAGCGCUACAUAUCGCUGGACUCAUGGAUCAGCGUGUGCGAAUACCUAAAGCCGAAAUGGACGGCUACGGAUGCUGAGCUCGUGUUUAACACCGUGGAUAUGGAGCACGUAGGCUUUUUGGAUUUGACGGAUUUCUAUCAGCUCUGCUCGCUGCUCAGUGUGAAGCUUGAGCGCCCAACGCUUUUCUCGAACAGCUUGAUGCGCCGCUUUUGCACGCCGCGCCAGCGCCAUUCUAUUCGUCACUUUCGCGGACAGGUUCGUAGUACGCUGCUACACGAGGUCUACCUCUUUGGUCGCUAUCGUGUAGUGCUGGCAGAGUUUGUCGUCGGUAUACUCGUUUGCCUCUCCGUCGUUCAGGCUGUGCAAGUCAACAACAUUAAGUUGGCCUUCUCUGUGAACCACUCCUGGCGUCUGCUGGGUUUCUUCCUGAUGAAUCUGUUCACUAUCGAGGUGCUAGUAAAGAUGUUUGCUUUUGGUUAUAACGAGUUCUUCACGCGGCCGUUCUGCAAGCUGGACUUGGCUGUCGUCAGUGUAGGCUGGUUGUUCUACGUGCUCACGACGGUAUCCAAGCCGCCGAACAUUUCACUGGUGUUUUACGACAUGGCGCUGGCUGUUCGAUCGCUGCGCUUUCUAAAGUUGUUGAACCUGUUUCCACCGUUCCACGAGAUUUUGUACACAAUGAAGGCGAUCAUGCCGCUGCUUAUGCAGCUGUUGCUCGUGAUUUUUAGCUUCAUGUACGCGUUCGCUAUCGUCACCCAGGCUAACUAUGGAAUCGCGUUGCGAGACUUUCCGGCUAGCAAACAAUCGAUGUCGCCUGGUUGGUACGGGCAGCGCGAGGAAUUUCAGGCAGAGACGUUCGAGCAAGUACUUGUGACAUUGUUUGGAGUGGCUAACCUUGCUGGAUGGGAUGCAAUUAUGGACGCUGCUCAUGCCGUGACCGGCUCGGACUCGACCUAUGUCUUCUUCUUCGUAUUUCGCAUGACAAUGAGCAACAUCUUACUUCCUAUCUUGGUUGGUUUUCUCGUGGAGUCUUUUGUCUCCAACGCCAAGACCGUGGAAUCAACUAUCCAGACCAGUGUAAACUCGGCUCAUCAGAUCCCUGUUGAUGACGAAGAGAACCGCAUGACUUUACUCGAGUCACGUCACAUGCAGAAUGAUGAUAUUGUCGCAAGUGCUAGCAAUCCACGAUUAUCGGCCGCGGAGUUGUAUGAGCGACAUCUGGCUGACAAUCCUCUACUGUCGCCUGGAUCAGUGUCGGAUUCUUCGGCGAGUGAGGUGCGCUUUAAAUUCAAGCGUCGUGGCAGUGUGGUGCACGAUCAGAUGUUCGAUGCUGUAAAGCUGUCGGAUGUAAGUCGUCUAAAGCUACAAAUCGAGCAGAAGGAGGAGGAGCUAGCCCAGCAGGACAUUGAGAUCCGAAAGCUGGAAGGCAAUGUACUGAGCAUGAAGAGUCGACUAAGUCAGUCACAGCACGCGAUAUUGGCGUACGAGUCGAAGAUGGAGGAGCUCAGUGCAGCGCUUCGCGAGGCGCAGGAGCGUCAGGCGGAGCUUGAAGCAAGGCACAACAAUUCUCUGCAGCACCCAUUUACAUCUGAAAGAGCACAGGAUAGCCAAGGACGCUCGCGCAGUGUCCGCCCGCGUGAUCGCUCCUCCUCCUGGAAGCUCUGGACAACUAACAUGUAG